AUGUUCUCCAGAAAUCGUUUCAAUGGACAACAUGGAGCAGGUGUUGCUCCUAAAGGAGGCACAAAGACAAAAGUCCAUUCACCCAAAAAGAGAGCUCCAAACCCCAGGGUAGCACUGGUCAUACGGGGUAAAAUACAUCGUCUCUUGCAAGGGUCUGCAGACCACCAUGUCCCAGAUUCCCAAUUUGAUUAUGGAGGUAUUGAAGAGGAGGAAGAUGGUGAAACACAGGAGGGCAGAAAGGAGCACAGAAGCAGAUAUCCAAAGGUUAUCCCCAGUGCUGAAGCCUAUUUUCCAAAAGUGUCUAACGGAAAAGGAUAUGGAGUAGCACCGGGGCCGUCAUGUGUGGGAGAGGUGGAGCUAAACAGAGAGGGAUGUAUAAGAAUACCAUGCACUUUACAGCAUAAAAGCUGCAGAUCCCCAGUAAAUCGAAAACGAAUCUCCUUUGAGGGUGAAAUUCAGGCAACACCUGAGCAGAUGCGAUCACCCCCACACUACAGACCAAUGGGCCCAGACAUGAAUGGGACUAAAUUUGUAGGAGCAGCUGGAGGGGAUUUUUCUUCACCCCGUAUUCGGCCAAAGAGACCCUUUUCUACUGGUGACUGUGUGGACUACAACUUCAACAGAACUCUCCCAGGUACACUGCUGGAAGAGGAUGAAGAUCAAGAGGAGGAGUCAAGUGCUAUCAUUGAGCACAUUCUUAAAGAGCUGAGGGGGAUCAAUAAGAUCCAGGAGGAAAUCUCGGACCUCAGGGAUUACCUGACCUCAGUUCGAGGGUCAGUUGAGGAAGUGUCAUCUUGUGUAGACGCUGUCUUGUUGGAGAUUGAGGGCAUUCGUUCUAGCAACAAGGCUGGCUCAGGGGUACACGCAGUGGAUCAUCAGGAACUGGAGGAACCAGAGGACACCUCUGACCAUAGCUCGGAUAUCCUAAUAGGUGCAAUAGCAAGAAAGCUCAGUUUUGGCUACUUUGAAAGGCAGGAUGGCCAAAGCUGUCCAAGCACUAGCUCCUUGUCUUCUGGUCAUAAAGAACUUUCAGUAUGCCCUGACCCAAUUACCACUUCAAUGCUGCCUCCACCUUAUGGCCUUACAGAACAACCUGCUGAAAGUCCUGCAGAUGAUCCUGCAGAUAUUACCAUUAAAGCCCAGCUUUUGCAAUGCACCACUGCAGAAUCCCUAUCAAUCUCCCUUUUGGCUGAUGAACCUGCAAAACUGGAGGAGCAGGGAGAAACUGAGGUGCCACUGCCACAGCAACCCACCACAGACACUGUGGGCCCAGACGGCCAAGCAGAAGGCGAUGCAGCAAAGCCAUGCUUGGAGAUAAGCCAGAUGGAUGAACGCAGGCUAAAAUGCCUGAGGACCUUCCAGCAGAUUCUGCGGGAGAAGAGGGAGACCAGGCGCAACCUCGCCAGUAUGACUAUGUCCACCUUCUCUCAGGACGACUUCGAACCAGAUGGAAGUCAAGAUGGAGAUCAGAGCCGAGAUCAAGAUGCUGACCCCAGCAAGCACCCAUGGGCCAAGCCAGGGGGAAACACUCCGUUUGGCAUUGACAGCAUGCCAGACCUCCGCAAGAGGAGGCCCAUUCCACUUGUUAGUGAACUGGCUAUGUCUAUGAUACAGUCCAGGAAAGCUGGACUUGCCCACACACUGGCCACACGGACCUCCCUGAAAGAUGAAGAGCUUAAAAACCAUGUGUACAAGAAGACCCUGCAGUCUCUGAUCUACCCAAUCUCCUGCACAACGCCACACAAUUUUGAGGUCUGGACGGCCACUACGCCCACCUACUGCUACGAGUGCGAGGGUCUGCUGUGGGGAAUCGCCCGGCAGGGUAUGCGCUGUGCGGAAUGCGGGGUCAAAGUGCACGAGAAAUGCCAAGAGCUGCUGAACGCUGACUGCCUGCAGAGAGCGGCUGAGAAGAGCUCCAAGACCGGGGCGGAGGACCGAACGCAGCACAUCAUCAUGGCUAUGAAGGACAGGAUGAAGAUCCGCGAGAGGAACAAGCCGGAGAUCUUUGAGGAGAUCCGGAAGGUGUUCAACAUCACCAAGAUGAUCCACGUCCAGCACAUGAAAAGCAUCAAGCAGAGCGUCCUGGAUGGCACCUCCAAGUGGUCUGCCAAGAUCACCAUCAACAUCGUCAGUGCCCAGGGUCUCCAGGCCAAAGACAGAACGGGCUCCAGUGACCCGUAUGUCACCAUCCAAGUUGGAAAGACAAAGAAGAGAACAAAGACCAUCUACGGCAACCUGAACCCAGUCUGGGAGGAAAAGUACAGCUUCGAGUGUCACAACUCAUCGGAUCGUAUAAAGCUGCGUGUUUGGGACGAAGACGAUGACAUCAAGUCGCGAGUGAAGCAGCGUCUGAAGAGGGAAUCUGAUGACUUUUUGGGUCAGAGCAUCAUCGAGGUCCGAACUCUGAGUGGAGAGAUGGACGUCUGGUACAACCUGGAAAAGAGAACCGACAAGUCGGCGGUGUCUGGUGCCAUUCGUCUUCAAAUCAGUGUGGAGAUUGAAGGAGAGGAGAAGGUGGCACCCUACCACGUACAGUACACAUGCCUUCAUGAGAACAUGUUCCACUACUCAACGGAUGUAGAGGGAGGCGGCGUCGUCAAGAUCCCAGCGGCUCAGGGAGACGAUGCGUGGAAGGUUUACUUUGAUGAGGUGCAGCAGGAUAUCGUGGACGAGUUCGCCAUGCGCUAUGGCAUCGAGUCCAUAUACCAGGCCAUGACUCAUUUCUCUUGCCUGUCUUCUAAGUACAUGCUGUCAGGGGUGCCAGCAGUGAUGAGCACCCUGCUGGCCAACAUCAAUGCCUUCUAUGCCCACCCAAUCGCCUCCACCAACGUCUCUGCUCCGGCCAGAUUUGCAGCCUCCAACUUCGGGAGAGAUCGGUUUGUGAAGCUCCUCGAUCAGCUGCACAACUCCCUGCGUAUCGACCUCUCCAUGUACAGAAACAACUUUCCAGCCAGCAGCAAGGCUCGCCUCCAUGACCUCAAGUCAACAGUGGAUCUUCUCACCAGCAUCACCUUCUUCAGGAUGAAGGUCUUAGAGCUGCAGAAUCCUCCUAGGGCCGCCAACGUGGUGCGAGACUGCGUCAAGGCCUGUCUGAACUCCACCUACGAGUACAUCUUCAACAACUGUCUGGAGCUCUUCAACCGCCAGUUCCAGCCCGCUGUCCAGCCCCAAGAGGAGCAGGGCCCGAGCAUCCAAAAUCUAGACUUUUGGCCUAAACUCAUCACGCUCAUCGUCUCCAUUAUUGAGGAGGACAAGAACUCCUACACACCCAUCAUUAACCAGUUUCCUCAAGAGCUCGAUGUGGGUAAAGUCAGCACUGAGGUCAUUUGGAGGCUGUUUGCUCAGGACAUGAAAUAUGCCCUGGAGGAACAUGAGAAGCAUAGACUCUGUAAGACUGCUGACUACAUGAACCUGCACUUCAAGGUCAAGUGGCUUUACAACGAGUAUGUUAAGGACCUGCCCGCCUUCGCAGACACUGUGCCUGAAUACCCUGCGUGGUUCCUCCAGUUUGUCCUGGCCUGGCUGGCUGAGAACGAGGAAGUGUCGAUGGAGUUCAUGCACGGGGCGCUGGAGAGAGACAAGAGAGAAGGGUUCCAGCAGACGUCUGAGCACGCUCUGUUCUCCAGCUCGGUGGUAGACAUCUUCACUCAGCUCAACCAGAGCUUUGAGAUCAUCAAGAAGCUGGACUGCCCCGACCCCACUGUGGUGGCCCAUUAUAACCGACGCUUCGCCAAGACGAUCACCAAAGUGCUGCUGCAGUACUGUGCCCUGCUGGCCAAGAGCUUUCCCUCCUACUGUGAGAAGGAGAAGAUACCCUGUGUGCUGAUGAACAACAUUCAGCAGAUGAGGGUCCUGUUGGAGAAGAUGUUCGAGUCGAUGGGAGCAAAGCAGCUGGAUAUAGAGGCAGCUGACAUCCUCAAUGAGCUGCAGGUGAAGCUCAGCACCUUCCUGGAUAACUUCAGCACCAUGUUUGCCAAAAGUUUCCAGACUCGUAUUAAUGGCUGCAUGCGUCAGAUGGCUGAGAUCCUUUACCAGAUCAAAGGCCCGCCCAACCACAACACUGCAGAGGCAGAUGCUGAUGCUGUGCUGAGGCCCCUCAUGGAGUUCCUGGAUGGGAACCUCAGUAUCUUUGCGGACAUCUGUGAGAAGACAGUGCUGAAGAGGAUCCUGAAGGAUCUGUGGAAGAUCGUCCUGAGCAGCUUGGAGAGGUCUAUCGUCCUGCCUCAGAACAACGACAGCCUGGGUGCCCAGCUCCUCACAGCAGCUAAAGGACUGUCAAAUCUCAAGGGAGGUGGGGAAGCCAAGACCUUGACGCCCAAACAGUGUAUAAUUAUCGAUGCAGGGCUGGAGACGAUCAAGCAAUACUUCCAUGCAGGAGGAAACGGGCUGAAGAAGGCGUUUGUCGAGAAAAGUCCUGAACUGGCUUCACUGCGUUACGCCCUCUCCCUCUACUCCCAGAGCACCGAUGCUCUCAUCAAGACCUUUGUCACCACACAACACUCCCAAGUGCAUGAUGGGAUGGGCAUCAGAAUCACUGGCAAUGAGAAGAUUCGACCUGAUAGGGGCUCUGGGAUAGAGAAGCCCAUCGGAGAGGCCAUUCUGCAGAUCGACAUGAUGCUUGGGAAGGAACGCAAAGUCAUUGUCAGAGUCAUUGCAGUGAAUGACAUUAAAUGGCAGACAUCAGGGAUGUUCCGGCCUUUCGUGGACGUCUCCAUGAUUGGUCCCUUCCUGGCCGACAAGAAGCGCAAGUUCACCACAAAAUCCAAGAACAACAGCUGGUCGCCAAAGUUCAACGAGGCUUUCCAGUUUGUCCUGGGUAAAGAAUCCCCAGACUGCUACGAGCUCCAGGUGACAGUAAAGGAUUACUGUUUCGGCCGGGCGGACCGGGUGGUCGGCAUGGCCAUGGUUCAGCUGCGUGACGUCGCUGACCGCAAGAGCUGCGUGUGCUGGUGUCCGCUGGGGCCACGCAUUCAGACCGACGAGACGGGCUUGACGGUGUUGCGCAUCCUGUCCCAACGGCCUGCCGACGAGGUGGCCAAGGAGUUUAUCAAGCUGAAAUCUGAAACUCGUCCUGUGGAGGAGGGCAGAUGAGCAGAGACACUGACUCAAGAUCAUGGACUUGUUGGAAAAAGUGAAACUGACAUGGAUCACGGUCAGGGUUUAGAGUCAGGGCUACGCGGCGUUGUCUGUUGUUAACAAGCACCGUCAUCUUCAUCCUCAGUAAACACGGACCGCUAAUGCCUCUGACGUGAAGGACAUCCUUCCAAAGACACGGCAGACACAAGCAAGGUUGACUUUGUCACAGUUAGAAAAGAUACUCGUUUAAUUCAAUGGGCACAUUUUGAAAGCAGAUGCUUUCUAAAAAUGUUGAAAAAGAAUAUACUCAGCACCAUAUCAUAACUAUCAAGUUCAUUGGAGAAAAACUAUUGACAUCUUCUUCAUCUUCUGAUUCUGAUGACGGACUAUUUUGGUCGUCUGUAGCAAACUGAAUCUGUAAUCUGUUGGCCAUCAGAGAUGCUAAGCCACAUCUUUUUUUUACCAAACAUAGAUUCACUGGAAUGAAUGUACUUGAGUCUCUGUCAUACAGUAUGAAAAGAUGUGAACAAGGCACCGAAUUAAUGAUCAUAAAUACCUAUGACAUGAGAUGAAAGUGAGUUGGAGGAAGUUGUCCUAGAUUAUUGUACUGUUUGAGCCUCUGAGGCCUUUUGAUCUCUCACAAAUAUCUUAUGACAUCGGAACCACUGUUGACUCUGGUAUCCCAACACACGGUUUUUCCAAAAGAAAUGGUAAUUAGAGUAAAAAAAACGCAUUAAAAUGAACCAAUGUCAUACUUAGCAUGAGCUUAAGUUUUUACUUGAGCAAAAAGAGCGACAUUAAAACAUCUUAUGGUCCUUUUUAAAAGGAUCUUGGGCAUAUCAUGUGUUCCAUGAUUAACAGCAAUGACACUUGAGAACCUGAUGCAUCUUUGGAAAGAAGUAGUCAGACUAUGUCAAUCCAGAAAGUGAAUGUUAUAAAAUGGCAGUGUUUCUGCAGAGUUUCUGCAGUAAAAUACUGUAGGACAGGCAUAUUCUGUUGAGUCAAAACAAAGAAGAAGUGUGUCAAGAUGCUGUUAUUGUGUGUUGCCCAAUAGUGAUGAACUUCUGGUAAUAUUUGUUCCAGACUGAAAAUAUAAAACCUUAAAAAUAAAGAAAGAUGACACACUUAUGAAUUGUGUAGCCUUAAAAUAAAGCAAAAUAAAAAAGCUGGCUAGCUAAGUCACCGUACUCUGUAGGAUUCAGAGAGAUUUAAAACAUGAAUGAGUUCUACAACACUGACUUGUAAAGUAAAAAAAAAAAUUAUUUCAGAAGCAAAGAACUAUGGGUAUAAUAGUCUAAGUAUCUGACUGACCUCUGGACUGUGGCCUGCCGGACAAAGUGCAGCUUCUCUGGACUGAGCAGAAAUGCAGUGUCAGAGGUUUUGUCUUCUGAUUUGCCAAGUGUUUAACUGUGACUGUGAACACUGUCGACCUGCUCUGAAUGGGAACAAUCUAAAAGUUGGCAACCUGUUUCCAGGGGUUAAAUAGUGUGAACACCUUUAUGGAGGACCAGAAAUGGACCUUUAAGAUUUUUACAGUUUUAAAUUGGAUGAGAACAAAAGCCCUUUCCGAUGCCACAGCCUUGCCACGCAUGCCCAAUCACAUAAUGUACCAAUCACAUGUUUAUAAAUAACUGAUUGGUGUCUUUGCAUUAGGCACACUACAAACUUGGACCUAGAUGAGAAAAAAAAACAUGCAGACAGGUUGUUCAAUUGACUAAUGUGUAACUGGGUUUGAUCCACACUCUUAUAUGUUUACUACGUGCCAAGGAACGCAAGUGUUCAGCGAGCCAUGUUCAACUAACUGUCUUCACAUUUUUUGGGGGAGUUGUUUGCGGACAGAUGUUUUGGAUCAUUUAGAUAAGAUAGUCCGGAAACUAGUUUAGAGUUUUGUCUUUGAUUCUGCUUUAUAAAACUGAACAUAUGCUUGUCCACAGUAGGGUACACGUUAUUUUACAAUGGCCACAGCUGGAGUAACAACUGAACGCUUGCACUCUGUUUAAAACUAAUUUUAAGUUUGUAAAAAAAGAGAAGAAAAAAGAAAUAAGCCUACGAGCAGAGCAUGUAUUUAUUGUACACAAAGUCAACUAGAAUUGUGAUCUUUUUCAUGUAUGUACUGUGAAAUAUAAAGACUGAUCAAAUGUA